UCUCGGGCUAUUGAUCCGCGCGCGUUUCGGCCGACGUAGACGAUCGGCGUAGAGUGCCGCGGACGACGGGCCGCACGCCGCCCGUAAAUAUUCCUUCAGUGCGCCGUGACCGACAGACUUACGCGAAUAAAGCGUCCUUUUAGCGACAGCAGGCAGUGGCAGCAGCAGCAGCAGCAGCAGCGGUAGCAACAGCGGUAGCAACAGCAACAGCAACAGCAACAGCAACAGCAGCGCAGCUGAAGAUGGUCAGCGGAGUGACGGAGGGUGGACCUCUGAUUCGACCCGUCGAGCCUGUCUCGACGGCGACGCUGGUGACGCUAUGCAUCGGCGCCGCUUUCCUACUUUGCGCCGUCGCGAUGACCUGGUGGCUCUGCCGACGACGUCGCGAGCACACCAAGCUAAGCUCCGACAAGUCCCUGGCGUUCAGACCGCCGCACCGGAAGCCCACGGCGGUUAAGAGCCCCGGUAGCACGAGCCACUACUUGAAGAAGAGCCCGUCGCCGACAGGGCCGGCCAAGAGUCCACCUGGCUCCGGCGGCCAGACGCCGAGCCCGACGGGGUCGCAGUCCUCGAACCCGACGUCGCAGCCCCGAACGCCGCAGAGCGCAGGCACACCGGUGCAAACACCACCUGUCGAGGUGGCCGUGAGCAUAGAAAACGAGCGCGACAAGGCCGAGCUGGAGAACAACGAGAAGGUGGAGCGCGAGAAGAGCCAGACAGCCGAGAACGACAAGGACAACCUGGGCCAGCUGGUGUUCAAGCUGCGCUACCGCAGCGAGCAGAACGCGCUCGCCGUCACGGUGGUGAAGUGUAAGGGACUGCCCGCCAGGGGCCAGCAGAAUGCCACCAGCGACCCUUACGUGAAGCUGCAGUUGUUGCCCGAUAAGCAGCACCACGUGAAAACCAGAGUGCUGAGGAACACGAGGGACCCGGUGUACGACGAGGAUUUCACGUUCUUCGGCAUAUCGCAGAGUCAGCUUCAGAAAAUCAGCUUGCACUUCAUCGUGCUGAGCUUCGACAGAUACUCGCGCGACGACAUCAUCGGUGAACUGACGUGCGCCCUGUCAUCGGUACCCGGCCUGGAGGACGCGGACAAUCAAGAGAUAUCUCUCUGUCGGAAAAUAUGCCCCAGGAGUCUGAAGAUCCAGUCACAAGGCAGAGGAGAGUUGCUGGUAUCUCUGUGCUGGCAGCCAGUCACCAGCCGGCUCACGGUGGUGGUGCUGAAAGCGCGUAACCUGCCGAAGAUGGACGUGACCGGGCUGGCAGAUCCGUACGUGAAGAUCUACCUUCUGUACAAUCAGCAGCGCAUCGCCAAGAAGAAGACGCACGUGAAGAAACGCACGCUCAGCCCAGUGUUCAACGAGUCAUUCGUCUUCGACAUACCGAACGGCGCGGACGGGCUCAACAACGUCAGCCUGGAGUUCAUGCUUCUCGAUUGGGACCGAGUCACGAAGAACGAGGUGAUUGGCCGACUCGAGUUCGGCGGACCAAAGUGUCAAGGCUCCGCUGUGAACCAUUGGAAGGAGGUGUGCAGCUCACCGCGACGACAGAUAGCCGACUGGCACAAAUUGCGGGAGUAACCAGUCUCUCCCUGUCACUCACUCACUCACUCACUCACUCACUCAUUCACCCUCUUUCUCUCCUCCUCUCCCCUCCUCUCUCUCUCUCUCUCUCUCUCUCACUCACUCUGGCCCUAUCGUAUCAGCCCGAGCCCCGUCUCUGAUUUCCCUAAAUCCCCAUAUCGUUCUCUGCUGUGAAACCACCGAUCCGACCCUUGAAACCCUACGACGAGGUAGGGCGUCUGUUUUGUAAACCUAAUACUCGGUGUAUAUUAGGCUUUGAAGCGAACGGCUCGUCCACCCAUGAUCGCUGUCACCGUGCGGCGGGAGAUUGAGGGCGAGAUUCAUCGGCGCUAGGAUCGGCGUUGAGUUACUCGUGAAUCUUACGUUCAGUCCGAAUGAGACUUGAAGCGAGCAUCGUUCCGAGAAAACGGUAAACGGAUCGGCCGUCGUCGAUGAGUCGACCGAUGCGCGGCCGCGAGCGGCGAGCGAGGCUGAUCAAAGGGGGACGUAAUGACGAGCGAUUGCGGUGUGUGACAGCUUGCAAGAUGCUUUAGGAUAUAAAUAUAGUCGUUAAGAUUCCCGACCAGCUGACGUAACGAGACCACGGACGAGGAGUUUCGGAAUUGCGUGCGAGAAGCGACCGGCUUUCCGAUUGUUAGGCGUCGCGUCAUACUCGUGAGACGGAAGUGAGGCGAACCGCCUCAGGAUUCGCGUCGGGAUUCGCUUGGAAUCCGGCAUCGGCGUCCGGCCGAAUCCGCUUCGUUUCAUUCGUAUGAUUGAUCGCGCUCGCCAGCGCCGGGCGAGCUCUCGUCGAGAGGCGUGCGUAUUAUUGUGGCAGUGGCGUAACUAUGAGCUUUCGUUGUUUCUCUCGAUUCUCUCGGGAACGGGCUCGAGGAAGCCCGUUCCCUCUUCCGCCGCCUCAGUGGCAAUUAAUGCAAAAGGAAAGAGAAAGAAAGAAAGAGGAGGACACCGAAGGAGGGCAAAAUAAGGGCAAGUUUAACGUACGCAAACGUUCACGUCUGACUGAGACAUUCACGUGAGAAGGUUUAUAUUUUCCUAAGGUUUAUAAAUUUUAUACUCUGUGAAAUCUUCUUUUUUUCACUCAUUGGAUUCCCUUCAGGCCCCCGUAAGCGUCGGAGACACUCGAGCAUCGCUUUGCUGCGCUUCAUGUGUAAUAGUUACGCCACUUAGUUUAGCGACACACAAUGUGGGAAUUGCGACGAGCUGAUGAAUUGAAUGCGUCGUUGAAUGCGAGUCGCGAGCGAGCAAGUGCAAUGCGUCGUCGUCGUCGUCGUCGUCGUCGUCGUCGUCGUCACGGAGAGACCGAAAGUUCAAGACUCGUAUCUUCGUCUACGUCUAUCUAACACUAAACGCGACACUAUCUUCAAGUUUCAAGUAUCCGUUUACAUCGUGUGUAAUAUACUAACGCAUUAAGACUUAGAGAAUUGCAGAAUCGAAUCCGCGAUUGCGACGCGUCGCAAAGGGAAUAAUACGCCGGAAGGGAAGAAGCCGCGUGGUUCCGUCGAUAAUUGUCCCGCGAUUAUCGCAAUGAACGAAGGGUGUGUGCUGUCGUUUUUAAGAGUAGCUGGACUACGAGUUCUAAUCUCGACCCGCAUCGCGAUUGUACAUAUGUAGUAGACGUGAAAGGCGGCGAGUUUACUUGAUUCUUACGUAAUCGGUGAGAAACGAGAUCGGAUCGACGCGCGAUAUAACGUUACGCGCGUAACGCGAGCGGCACGUAUCGUAUGUGCGUCGCAAGUAUGAUGGUUGGAGAAGGGGGGGAGGGAGGGGGGCACGAGAUACACUCCAUCCGCGCUCGCCUCGAUUUGAUAUAGGCAACUUCGAACAGACCGCAAAUCGCAAAAAAACGUUACAAAUUAACUUUUGUCCUUUUAUCGUAACGCUACCGUCGGCAUGCUUCUCGCGUUGCACCCUGACCCUUCUCGCUGAUGCUACUGUGCCGACGAAGACCGAUGAACGUCCAAAUCGGAUUGCGGAUCGCGAGACAGCGCGUGACAUUCGUUUCGACAACGUGAAAGUCAAUAAUCAGCAACGCAUAAUUAACGAAUGCUUAUUUUUUUAUCGCAAUCCACCGCUCUCCACAGUGCGAGACUCGCCCAAACUGCGGGACAAGGAAAAUUUUGUCUCACGAUCAGACGUGUAAAUAUGAGUACAGCAUUCCAUUCCUCUCACGCAGGGUGCGUUUCAAAACUCUAGACGAAGAGCAAGCCACUCGAUGGAGCUUACAAGACAGCGAACGAACAGUUUCAAUUACGAUAGAAUAAUUGUUUUGAGCAAUAAGAAAAGUUGAGGAUUGUUUCAACUGGCGGUGGCAAGUUCUAAUAAAUAUAGGUCCGUAAUCGCACAUUCGAGAUGCUUACAACGUACACACAUAUUUGCAGCAUCUUUUCAAUAUCGUUUACUUUCUAUAGAAUUUCACGAGGCAAAUUUGGCGGAAAUUUCUACAGUUGGACGAUCCUCGUUACCGCCCGUUUCCUCUCUUCUGUUGCGCUUUAUAUCGGUCGGAGAAGAAACAGCUGACACACCGGCGAUGUUUGAUGCAACGUGUACACUGAAAAACAAAAUGAUUUCGACAGCUUUCUCUCUUUGCAAACAUUAAUAACUAGUCUAGUUGUGAAAUUUGAGAAUCAGUACUUAAGGAUAAUUGAGGGGGUUAGAGAGACCAGCGAUUUUUUUAGUUCGCGCAGUUUGGUUCAGUAGUGAUUCUCAACUGUAGCAGUAAUUCACAACUGCACGGAUUACUACACGGAGAAAACACGGAAAAACCGUCGAGACCGUUUCGCUUUCCAGUGUUAACGUUAACUCGUUAAUCUCGACUUAAAAACCACCGGUACUUCUCAUCGCGACAAUCCGUCGUUGAUCGAUCCUUGUUUCGGGGGAGUAGAAUACGGCCGUAUGCCCACGAGGAACGCGGCGUGCGAGUCUCAGCUUUACGAUGAUUCCGAUCUGAGCUCGCUGCGACGCCCAGGAACGGCAAAAUCGGCGUCCGUAUCGAAAACCGCAAAACGGCGCUCUCGGUCGGCUCGGUCGGUGCUUUAACUCGACGCCGCGCGGCGUCGCCCGCACGUGACUGCCACCAAGUUCACGCGACCGCGCGAGUAAACAGAAACACUGGGGUGAGUGGAGUACGGCCUUGCCCCCACUCCCGAGGCCACCUCCAGCUGGCCUCCGGACCGCGCGCGGUCCUUCACCCGUUGCCCGCUCGCGCGAUAUCCAGAGCGCCACCUAGCGCUGACGAUCGCUACUGCUAAAUGCGCAGAAAGUUCCAAGGGCCAUUAUUCGGCGAGGAGUCGACUUGGAGACGCGCAACAAAAGCCGAUCGGUUCGGCUAGAGCAUCAUGUUGAUAAUCUUUUCUUAUUGCUGACUGAGGGAAUACUUUAGAAGCGGCAAACAACAUCAAAAUCUGAUGCGGCGAAAUUCCUGCACCCUGCGACCCUGCACCCUGAAAUUUGUAUCGCGUCAUUCAACUGAGAUGUUCGCGCGCGCAAACAACGAUAAACGAAUGUCCACGUAGAUUGAAUGAGUCUCAGACUGUACGCUACAUCCUCCCAUCGUCCGUAACUUCGUAACGAGAAAGGACGAGGCGCGAGGGGACCGCGAUGCGCGCGCGGGAAGAUGAUCGCGCGGGAAGAUGAUCACGCGUGAAACACCAUGCAGGCGCAGGACUGCGAUCCUCGCGAGGACGAGAUUUGCGAGAAGCGGACGGCGCACGUGAAGAACGUAAUCGGAUUGCGUGACCGAAAGUAUGACAGAAAAAGUCGCAAUAUAUCACACGAAGACUCAAGAGAUAUACACCGAAUAAGUUUUACGUACGUUUAAGAUAGCGGACACGACACGCGUCGCCGUCCUACACGCGGCGACCCACUGAAGAAAAAAGAAAAAAAAAAAAGAAAAAAAAAAGAACAAACGGCAAUUACACGAUCGAGAAUUUCAGGAUAUUUAUUUAAUUGCUAUACACAAUUACAAAUACAAUUACCUAUACAUAUAUACAUAUACACGUAAGAAACGACUAUAAUAAUAAGUAGCACGUAGCGAUACAUUACAACGUACAUCCGUCUGUCGUGCUCGUGGAUUCUGGACAAGACUGCGACAGGAUUGCCGGGGUGAAUACGGACAUCGAGGUAGAUGAUGAUCCCCUCCCAGCAUUUUGGGGGAUUAACGAAGAGGAUUACCCGAGAUCCGCAGACAACGCUGUAACAUAACGAUCGUCGACACGAAAUGCUCGAAAACCAUCGUUCUUGUUAUUAAUUCGUUUACUUCAUUUGCUCGAGACCUUCUGGUAGUAUCUUCUCGUACGUUUCUUUCCGUUCUGAUAAGUGAUAAGUGAUAACAAACUGUACGUUACAAUAAAGAUACUCUAAUUUUUCAAAGACUGUAGCCACAUAUAUUGUUCUGCGAGGAUCACGAGGACGGGCUCUUACCUGGCUGGACGACGAGUCAGCUUGCAAUUAGGUCGAAGAGAGGACUCUGACAAAUUUCGGCGCCGUGUUGAUCACUAGGAGGACAGUGUUGCCCGACAGUAUUUUCAAGUCAUUGACAAGUUACCAUGCAACGACAGCAAUUUGAUUCAACAUUAUAACGUAGUUAAUUCAAUAUUAUUAUUAUUAUUAUUAUUAUUAUUAAUUUAACGCUGUUAUAACGUGUAUUAUGGCCGCCUGCCGGUGCCUGUAUAUGAUAAUUUCGGCACAUUAUACAUACAUACACACAGUGCAAGGUCAUACUUUUGUGUUACAUCGAGUUAAUAAAGUACCGGUGUUUUUUAAGCAUUCGUAAGCAUUAUAUUAUUAGGCUAAAGGAUGCGGCGGCGUACGAGGAAAUGCUGUGCGUGAGCAGAUUUUAAGGCUGUGUGGUCAAUAAAACGCUGAAAUAAA